AUGUGCCGCUGUCUGGACGCUGUCUGGACGCUGUCUGGACGCUGUCUGGACGCUGCCGCAAAGAAUGGCGCCUUUGAAGGCCUCGCCGCAGCCAACCGCGAGCUCGGCGAGCUCGAUGCCCUCACCACCGAGCAGGCCGCUGCCAUCACCGAGCUCCGCGCCGAGAUCCGCGGGCUCCACGGGCGUGCGCUCGCAUACGCCGCCGGCGCUGCGUUCCUACUCCUGCUCGCCCUCGCCGCCCGCGGAGCCGCGUUCGCGUGCGCCGCCGUCGCCGUCGUCGGUGCUCUUGAACUCGCCGACAGUGCAGGCCGUGCUCGCCUCGGCCGCGCUUACCUCAACUCUGUCGCCGCCGCGUGCCACGCUGUCGAAGCCGCCGGCGACGCUGCACGCAGCGCUGCCAGCCUCGCCGCCAUCGGGAGAGAGGGGAUCGAAGCGGGACCCUGUGCGAGUGCGUCGAUUCACCACCCGCACCGUCCGGUGCCGGCACCGGGGUAA